AUGGAGGAGCGGCUGAAGGCGGACGAAGCCGAGGUAGAGGGGCAGUGGUUCCCGAACUGGGAGCGCCAGUGCCUGGGCGCGGCCGGGGAGGAGGAGCGGCUGUCUCCUGAGCAGGAUGAGGAGGAGGUGGCGGGGCCCAGGAGCGAGCAGCAGAAGCUGUGGCACCUCUUCCAGAUCUCCGCCACGUCCGUGGCCCAGCUGUACAAGGGUUCAGGGUGCCCGCAGUCAGAACUGUCCAUGUGGGACCCCUUCCAGAGCGCGGCCAUGGCUCUGACCAGCCUCUACAAAGAGAGCGGCAGUGCCCACCAGCGAAGUUUCGACCUGGGCGUUAAGGUUGGCAACCAGCGGCGCAUCAAGGAUGUGCUGGAUUGGGCGAAGAAGGGCCGAAGCACUAUUCUCCGCGAAGACCUCAUCAGCUUCCUGUGUGGCAAGGUGCCCCCCAAGCCCCCUGAUCCUCCGCCACCCCAAACAGCCAGGACGGCCACUGAAGCCAGCUCGUCAGUGGACGUUGACUUGCAGCCCUUCCACGACGCCAUCGCCCUGCACGGCCUCAGUGGCGCCAUGGCGAGCAUCAGCGUGCAGUCGGGCCCACCCAGCACCCCGCCUCAGGCCAGUGGCAUCUCGAGCACUGUCACCAGUGAUGGUCUCCAAAAAAGUAGCGUCUUCGAGGACGACGUGAACUCCAGCGUCUCGGAAGAUCAGGUCCCCUACCUCGCCAGUGGGGGGACCCGCAAACGCCCCUCGGGCCAGUGCACUGAUGGCAGCUCAAGUUCCCCAACCCACAAGCGCAACCGACUGGUCUAA